AUGGGAAACACCGCCAAGGUCGUGGCAAUCUUUGGCGUUCUUGUGUUCCUGCAGGUCGUAUCAUGUGAUGUCGCCCCGCACCAUGCUGAUCUAGGGAAUUCUCUCGCCAGCAUACACACAGGAACCAUGACGGUGGACGGGUACGAAGAAGGAGAGGAGGGCGGAGGGCCGGCAGCAUGCGACGGCAUAUACCACAGCGACGGGGAUUUGCUGACAACGCUGCCUACAGAGCUGUACGCGGGCGGGGGCCGGUGUCACAGCUUUAUAGGCAUCUCCAGCAUACAAACCGGGCGUAGCACAUUGGCCAUGGUCGUGGACGUGUGCGAUGACUGCACCGAGGAUGAGUUGGGGACGUCCGCCGCUGUGUGGAAUGCCCUGGGGCUCGACACCAAUGCCGGCGUCGCGCCCAUCAGGUGGGCUGUCCCAUGA